AUGGAGUGGCAGUACACGGGCUCUCUCACCAAGUCCGGAGGCGAGCUUCAACGUCUGGUCGACGAGGUUAUACUCGACGAUAGGUUCCAGAAGGACGACCUCGUGCGCUUCAACGUAGAGCGCGAACAGCGACGACUGGAUGAACACCAGGCCACUGGUGGCGCGUUUUCGGCCGCGGACGGCUGGCGCGAAGCAUCCGUUAUGCUUCAUCUCCCAAAGCCCGGGCUCCAGCAAGAGGACGAAGAACACGCCCCCGCGUUUGUCGUCGACAAGAUAUGGGUGCGGAGCCCACUAGAAGUUCUCAAGUCCGCCUUUCAAGACAUAUCUGUUCGCAAGUACCACUGGUUUCCGCACCGCCUAUUUCGCCGCGUCGCAACAUCGGAGAACCCCAAUGCAAGGCCAGAACACACUCUACUCCGAUUCUACGAGGAGACGUUUGGGGUACCCGCAUCUGCCGCGGUCAUUCGGCUCCUCAAGUAUACGCUCAUGGAGAAGGUCUGGCUUCUCCUGCUAGAUGCCGAGUUCAUGCACGCUUUCAAGCACGGUGUCCUGAUAGUCUGUGGCGAUGGCAUCACUCGACGAGUAUUCCCCCGGAUAUUCAUGUACCUGGCCGACUAUCCAGAGAAGUGCUUGGUCGCAUGUUUGAAAACCCUUGCACGAUGUGCCUGCCCGGACUGCACAACGGACAAAUGCGACUUCUGGAAGAUGGGCAUGAAGAGCGACAUGGCUGCUCGUAAGAAGAACGCACGCAACGACACGACCGUAUUCCACGACGCGAUCACAAGGGCCCGCCGAUGGAUAUUCGAAGACGGCACACCUCCCGAUGGGACUCACAUCAAGAAGACGAGGCUUGGCUUGUUCUCGAUGGCCCCCGUUCGUUCCGCCUUUUCUCAGUGUUUCGCGGAUUUUGGCCGGAACGUCUACAAGUUGUUUGUGCCGGAUCUUAUGCACGAAUUCGAGCUUGGUGUCUGGAAGGGUACCUUUACACACCUCAUUCGGAUCCUCAUCGCCGCUGGAGAUGAUGCAGUUCAAAAACUAGACGAACGGUUCUCCUUGACACCGACGUUCGGGCGCGCUACCAUUCGUCGAUUCACGGACAACAUAUCUGCUAUGAAGAAGCUUGCGGCUCGCGAUUUCGAGCAAAUGCUCAAGCAUUCGAGGAUUCCACCAGCACUCUGGGCCAAGCCAUGCGGGCAUUUUUGCGUAAUGUAUGCUCACUAUAUUCAACGCAGGAGCUCCCGAAGGAAACACAGUCGCGACAGCGCCGAAAGGCUCGGCGCAUUCACCAUCCUCAACACUCCCAAAUAUCACCGACUCGGCGACUACGCUCGAAGCAUUGUCGAGAUGGGAACCUCCGACAAUAUGUCGACACAGGUGGGCGAAUUCGAACAUCGACGUGUGAAACAGUUCUACAGGCGCACGAACAAGAACCGAACAUUUGGACGUCAAAUUGCCCUUGAGGUCCGUCGGGCGAAUAUCAUCGAUAAAAUUGCCCGGGCGCAGGAACAGCCUGUGAAGCCACACCACAAGCGAUGUAAACCCAAGAAAGCCCUUCCUUCUCGUGGCCGACACCUUCACCUCCGAUUCGAUGACGCGCAGCCGCUGCCGCCCACCCAAGCUGACAAACAUUACCAUGUUUCAGAUGACAAGCGCUAUCCAGUCAGACUCGAAGACUUCCUCUUCGACAACGAGGGUGAUCCGGCUUGCGAGAACUUUACAUGGGACCUGAAGACGCAUCUAUUCCUUCGGCUGCCAGGCAGUGACCAGCUGCCACCUGACUAUAUCCCCACCGUGGACGACAUCUUCUCCGUACGGAUCGAAAACGACAGACUGUAUCGACACAAAGUUCUCCGUGUCAACUAUACCACGUACGACAUGCGACGGGAUCAAGACUCCAUCAAUCCACGGACCCACCCUGACAUUAUGAUGCUCGCCCCCGAAGCCUCUCCACAUCCCUACCUCUAUGCACGUGUCAUCGGGAUAUUUCACGUCGACGCCUAUCACGCCGGAGAGAGCCUGGACGGGUCGGAUGAUACCGACACCGAGGCCAUCCAGGUCCUCUGGGUCAGGUGGUUCGAUCUCGACCCUCGCGCACCUGGUGGGUUCAAGGCCCGUCGACUGCCGCGCCUCAAGUGGGCAGCACUGGAUGACAACGCGUUCGGGUUUGUCUCACCCGACCAAGUCCUCCGUGCGGCGUACUUGAUGCCAGCGUUCGCACACGGACAGUCUGAUAGGGCGCUGCCUGGCUACAGUGUCGCACGCCGUGAAGACGAGGAAGAUAUAGAUUAUAACUAUCAUUAUGUUGGCAUCUUUGCAGACCGGGACAUGUUCAUGCGCUAUUAUGGCGGCGCGGUCGGACACCAGCUUGGUCACCCCGGCAAGCCGCAACCUGCCCCUGUAGCACCCGAGCCCAUCACGCGACUCGAUGGCGAUGGGUACGACGAUGAGGUUCACGAGGAGCCUGAGGACGAUGCCCAGGAGCAGCCACACGAGUCGGAUGGUGAGUAUGAAGGACAAGCCGGUGAGUAUUCGGAUGACGGUGAGGAGGAUGGGGAAUACAACGAUGAUGGUGAGUACACGGAGAGUGAGGACAGCGAAGAUGACACCGCGCUGGGACCUGAAGAUGGGGAGACCCCGAUGGGCCACGAUGACGAGGAGUUGGACCGCGUAGGCUUCGCCGCUAUGUAG